AUGCCUUCCCAAUCCCUCCCAACCCCCGUCUCUUCGACAAAACAAUUCUACGCCACAAACUCCCCAUGGGAAGAAAAAUACGGCCACUACCGCGCCAUUCGCGUCGGACAACAAAUCUACAUCUCAGGCACAACAGCCGCAGACCCCGACAGUCUACCCGAAAGCCCACGCAUGCUCUGUCCCGGGGACGCCCGCGGACAAACACGAGCAACACUCAACGAGAUCAUCAAAGCCAUCCAAGCUCUAGGGGGACGAGGUGCAGAGAGCAUUGUACGCACUCAACUAUUUAUUCAACGUCAUGAGGAUGCACCUGAGGUCAUGGCGGGGUAUACGGAGAUUCUUGGACGGCAGAAUGGUGGUGAUGUCGGAUCUACUGCUAUCUUGCUUGUUGUUUCGAACUUUGCGGAUCCGGAGAUGCUUGUUGAGAUUAUGGUUGAUGCGAUUGCGGAUGCUUCAUAG